GCGGGGAAACCUGGUUCUGCAGCCCGCGGUCUGAGUGGGCCUGGUAAUUGCGAUUGUCCGGAGGAUCACCAGCAGGGAGCUUCCGACGGGUCUCAGGCCAGGCUAAGAUGGACUAAUACAGCUAAGUGGGGAAGAGCUUAGGCCUUAAAUCAGAAAAACAUGGCUGUGCCAGUUACUAACAGUGUGACUUUGGGAAAUUAACCUCUGAAUCAGUUUCCUCAUCCGUAAAAAGGGGGUGAUAAUAUUGACUUGUGAGAAUGAAAGGAGAUAAUAUGUGUUAAGAGCCUAUUAGUAGGGUCAAGAGGAGGGAAAAGCAAGCGAGGUGCCUGGGGCACAAAAUUUAAGGACUUGGGGCUUGCAGGACACUGAGACUUCCUUAAAAUUUGUGUCCUAGACUCCUCAUUCUUUUCACCCUGGCCCUGGCCUUGCUUGUUAUAGGCACACUGCCUGGCACAUGAGGCACACCUGAUCAGCAGAAACUACUGCUGAUGUUAUCAUCGUAUUGUUACUGCUGUGAGGAUGCUAAGGCCUUGAGAAGGCAGCACCCUACCCCCAAAGCCCAGAAAGAAGUAGCGCCCCAGCUCCCAUCUGGCCUGGUCUGGUAAGGGUGUGAAGUGAGAUUGGAGGCCAGAAGUGUGAGGGGCCACCUGCCAAUGAGUCAGGAGAAAGAGAAAGUUACAGGCAGAUGGGAGUGGAGGGGGCCACUGGGUCACAGACCUCGUGUGGCUUCUCAGAUUCUCUGCGACCAACUGAUAGACAAGGAAGGGACCCAGGCCCAGCUCCCAGAUGAUCAGUGUGGUAUGUUGGUGAGAGUUGGAAGUGAACUGUUGCCACAUUACAGCCCUCUCAGGGUGACCCUCAAGGACAGUGGUGAAUGGAAGUCCCACCCAAUGUGCAACGCUUUGAGCAGUAUACUUGGUCAUCAGCUUUGUCUAGAAGAAGAAGUGACUGAGGUGUGGAUAUUCCCUGACUCCUGGGAAGUAGUGAGUGGCUUGGCUGGCAGCUCAGGAGCCUGGAAAGAACAAGACCAAGACAUGUGACAAAGAGGACUAGGGAAAGAUGGAUGGACAGACUUCUGAGAGUGGGCACCAAGUGUGCAAGCUUCCAGAUCUCAAGAAAACACUCUGCAGAGCAUCCAUUGCCAGGAGGCUCUCAACAAAGCAGACAAUGACUCAUCGGGCUGUCUCGGCCUCCAGCCGUGUUCCGGUCCCUUUCUCGGCCCCCAAGAGGGCAGAGCGCGCCAAGCCGCGAGAUAAGCUCCGUGGUUGGGACCUGGACAUCGCUGUGUGGCUGGCCACGGUGCACCUGGAGCAGUAUGCAGACACGUUCCGGCGGCACGGCCUGGCUACAGCGGGUGCAGCCCGGGGCCUGGGCCACGAGGAGCUGAGGCAGUUGGGCAUCAGCGCCACAGGGCACCGGAAACGCAUUCUACGCCUGCUGCAGGCGGGCGCGGCAGAGGGCUCCCCGGACCCCCAACUGGAUAGUGCCAUGGAACCAUCCCCAAGCACAGGCCCCCAACCCCAGCUCCCCAAGCCUGUGCCUAAGCCCAGGACUGUAUUUGGUGGGCUCAGUGGGCCCACCGCCACCCAGAGGCCUGGGUUGAGCCCUGCUCUUGGGAGACCAGAAGUGUCCAGGAGCCCAGAGUCCAGCCCGAGGUCCCCUCCUCUUCCCACAUCCUCCUCUGAGCAGCCUUCAGCCUUGACUACUGUGGAGAUGAUGCCCAAUGCCAUCUACUUCGGCCUGGACUUAAGAGGCGGGGCACAGACAGCUCAGGACAUGGCCCCGGAUAUCUCCCAGACAGCUGCCCCUACCCCUGCCCUCAGGCCCACAACGGGCACAGUGCACAUCAUGGAUCCUGGUUGCCUGUACUAUGGUGUCCAGCCUGUUGGGGUCCCAGGGGCCCCUGACAGAAGAGAAGGCAGAGGUGUCUCUCAGGACAGGGCUGAACACAGGCUCAGCAGGCAAGAUCUAGAGGCACGGGAGGAUGCUGGCUAUGCCAGCCUUGAGCUGCCCGGGGACUCCACCCUCUCGCUGCCCACCCUGGACACAGCGGAGAACAGCGAUGACCUCAUUUCACCCUAUGCCAGCUUCUCCUCCACGGCAGACCGCCCCACACCUCUGCUCAGUGGCUGGCUAGACAAGCUCUCCCCUCAGGGAAACUACGUCUUUCAGAGGCGCUUUGUGCAGUUCAACGGGAGGAGUCUGAUGUACUUCGGCAGCGAUAAGGACCCCUUCCCCAAGGGGGUGAUCCCUCUGACUGCCAUUGAGAUGACACGUGGCAGCAAGGACAACAAGUUCCAGGUCAUCACCGGCCAGAGGGUGUUUGUGUUCCGCACAGAGAGCGAGGCUCAGCGGGACACAUGGUGCUCUACACUACAAUCCUGCCUGAAGGAGCAGCGCCUCCUGGGCAACCCCCGGCCCCCCCAGCCGCCCCGACCCCUCCGCACGGGCAUGCUGGAGCUGCGCGGACACAAGGCCAAGGUGUUUGCUGCCUUGAGCCCUGGAGAGCUGGCACUGUACAAGAGUGAGCAGGCCUUCUCUCUGGGCAUCGGGAUCUGCUUCAUUGAACUGCAAGGCUGCAGUGUCCGGGAGACCAAGAGUCGCAGCUUUGACCUGCUCACACCCCAUCGCUGCUUCAGCUUCACGGCCGAGUCUGGGGGGGCUCGGCAGAGCUGGGCAGCUGCUCUGCAGGAAGCAGUAACCGAGACCCUGUCUGACUACGAGGUGGCUGAGAAGAUCUGGUCCAAUCGGGCAAACCGGCACUGUGCGGACUGUGGGGCCUCCCGCCCAGACUGGGCUGCUGUCAACCUGGGGGUGGUCAUCUGCAAGCAGUGUGCAGGUCAGCACCGUGCUCUGGGUUCUGGUAUCUCCAAGGUGCAGAGCCUGAAGCUGGACACAAGUGUCUGGAGUAAUGAGAUAGUGCAGUUGUUCAUUGUCCUGGGAAAUGAUCGCGCCAACCGCUUCUGGGCAGGGGCACUACCCCCAGGUGAGGGGCUGCAUCCAGAUACAACCCCUGGCCCCCGGGGAGAGUUCAUCUCCCGGAAAUACCGGCUGGGUCUCUUCCGGAAGCCCCAUCCUCUGUAUCCAGAUCAUAGCCAGCUUCUCCAGGCACUGUGUGCGGCUGUGGCAGGACCCAACCUGCUGAAGAACAUGACCCAGCUCCUCUGUGUUGAUGGUGAGGAGUCCUGGUCCCCCUCAGCCCUUGAUGGCAGCUUCCCUGGUCUCCUGCCCCCAGACCCCUCCCCUGGUGUGUACAAUGAAGUGGUGGUGCCUGCCACUUAUAGCAGCUUCCUGUACUGUGGUCCCAUCAGCAACAAAGCUGGACCUCCACCCCCUCGCAGGGGCCGGGAUGCUCCCCCCCGAAUGUGGUGUGUGCUGGGAGCGGCUCUGGAAAUGUUUGUGUCAGAAAGCAGCCCUGAACCCCUCAGCCUCAUCCAGCCCCAGGAUGUUGUAUGUUUGGGUGUGAGCCCUCCACCUGCUGACCCAGGUGACCUCGACAGGUUCCCCUUUUCCUUUGAGCUCAUCCUCACUGGAGGGAGGAUCCAGCAUUUUGGCACAGAUGGAGCUGACAGUCUGGAGGCCUGGAUCAGUGCCCUGGGCAAGUGGUUCUCCCCGCUGAGCUGUCACCAGCUGUUGGGCCCCGGGCUGCUUCGGCUGGGCCGCCUGUGGCUGCGGUCCCCAUCUCAUACAGCCCUGGCCCCUGGCCUCUGGCUGUCAGGGUUCGGACUUCUUCGUGGUGACCACCUCUUCCUGUGUCCGGCACCGGGUCCUGGCCCCCCAGCCCCUGAGGACAUGGUGCAUCUGCGGCGGCUACAGGAGAUCAGUGUGGUCUCGGCAGCUGACACCCCAGACAAGAAGGAGCAUUUGGUCCUGGUGGAAACAGGAAGGACCCUGUAUCUGCAGGGGGAGGGCCGGCUGGACUUCUCAGCGUGGAGUACGGCCAUUGAAGGGGCAGCUGGUGGGGGCGGCACAGGGCUGCAGGAGCAGCAGAUGAGCCGGGGUGACAUCCCCAUUAUCGUUGAUGCCUGCAUCAGUUUUGUCACCCAGCAUGGGCUCCGGCUGGAGGGCGUAUACCGGAAAGGGGGCGCCCGUGCCCGCAGCCUGCGGCUCCUGGCGGACUUCCGGCGGGAUGCCCGGUCAGUGAAGCUCCGACCAGGGGAGCACUUUGUGGAGGAUGUCACUGACACCCUCAAACGCUUCUUUCGAGAGCUCGAUGACCCUGUGACCUCUGCACGGUUGCUGCCUCGCUGGAGGGAGGCUGCCGAGCUGCCCCAGAAGAAUCAGAGGCUGGAGAAAUACAAAGAAGUGAUUGGCUGCCUGCCGAGGGUCAACCGCCGCACAUUGGCCACCCUCAUCGGGCAUCUCUAUCGGGUGCAGAAGUGUGCGGCUCUAAACCAGAUGUGCACGAGGAACCUGGCCUUGCUGUUUGCACCUAGCGUGUUCCAGACAGACGGGCGAGGGGAGCACGAGGUGCGGGUGCUGCAGGAGCUCAUCGACGGCUACAUCUCUGUCUUUGAUAUCGACUCUGACCAGGUAGCUCAGAUUGACUUGGAGGUCAGUCUUAUCACCACCUGGAAGGAUGUGCAGCUGUCCCAGGCUGGAGACCUCAUCAUGGAGGUUUACAUAGAGCAACAGCUCCCAGACAACUGUGUCACCCUGAAGGUGUCCCCAACACUGACUGCCGAGGAGCUGACUAACCAGGUACUGGAGAUGCGGGGGACAGCCGCUGGGACAGACUUGUGGAUGACAUUUGAGAUUCUUGAGCAUGGGGAGCUUGAGCGGCCUCUGCACCCCAAGGAAAGGGUCCUAGAGCAGGCCCUACAAUGGUGCCAGCUCCCAGAGCCCUGCUCAGCCUCCCUGCUCCUGAGAAAAGUCUCCCUGGCCCAGGCCGGGUGCCUCUUCACAGGUAUCCGGCGAGAGAGCCCGAGGGUGGGGCUGUUGCGGUGUCGGGAGGAGCCACCCCGUUUGCUGGGAAACCGCUUCCAGGAGCGGUUCUUUCUGGUGCGUGGCCGCUGCCUGCUGCUGCUCAAGGAGAAGAAGAGCUCUAAACCAGAACGGGAGUGGCCUUUGGAAGGUGCUAAGGUCUACCUCGGAAUCCGCAAGAAAUUAAAGCCUCCGACACCGUGGGGCUUCACGUUGAUACUGGAGAAGAUGCACCUCUACCUGUCCUGCACUGAUGAGGAUGAGAUGUGGGACUGGACCACGAGCAUCCUCAAAGCUCAGCAUGACGACCAGCAGCCAGUGGUCUUACGACGCCGAUCCUCCUCUGACCUCGCCCGUCAGAAGUUUGGCACCAUGCCUUUGCUGCCCAUCCGUGGGGAUGACAGUGGGGCCACCCUCCUCUCGGCCAAUCAGACGCUGCGGCGACUUCACAACCGGAGGACCCUGUCCAUGUUCUUUCCAAUGAAGUCGUCCCAGGGGUCUGUGGAGGAGCAAGAGGAACUGGAGGAACCUGUGUAUGAAGAGCCAGUGUACGAGGAAGUGGGGGCCUUCCCCGAGCUUACCAAGGACACCUCCACCUCCUUUUCCACCAUUCGGGAGCGGACAGCCAAGCCAGAGACCUCCCUUGCCAGCCAGAGGUCCUUUGAUCAACCCCUUCUCUCCAAGCCAGGCACCCUGGGCCAGGAGGAGAGGCCACCUGAGCCCCCUCCAGGCCCCCCUUCCAAAGGCAGCCCCCAGGCACAUGGGUCCCUGGAGGAGCAGCUGCUCCAGGAGCUCAGUAGCCUCAUCCUGAGGAAGGGAGAAACCACCACAGGCCCGGGCAGCCCCUCCCAGCCCUCCAGCCCCCAGGCCCCAAGCCCCAAUGGCCUUGCAACACAGAUGCCUGGCUUCCCCACCCAACCUCCCUGCCCUUCCAGUCCACCCUCCAGCCAGCCCCUCACAUGACCCUGGGACGAGUCUGAGGGAGUAGGGAACCAAAAGACCCGAGUUCUCAACAUGGCAGACAUGGCUAGGAGCUUCCUCUGCUCUGGCUGAAAAGACUCCAGAAUCCAGUGAUAGUGUGGAAGGAGCACAGGACUGAGGGCUCUGGAGGCUGUGUCCUGCCCAGAGAGUGAGCCUCCGCUCACUUAUCUGUACCAUGAGGUAACUGAAAUAAGGAGAGCAGUGAAGUCAGACUGUCUCUCAGAGCUGUAAGCCCCACAUAUUUCCCGACAAUGGCAACUCCUGCUUUAUAUAUUUGAUAGGUAGGGGUUCUGUGAGAGAGUUGGGGUUUUAACAGAAUGGUUUUACUGCAUUAAAGAAAAAAAGGAUUUGGAAGCCUAAGAUCUGAAUGAUCUCUAAGUCCAUCCUACCCCUAUAUUCAGGGACUACAGUGGAGUCCUGGAGUGGGGAGGUUGAUUGGGGUUGGGAGCUGAGGCAAAGAGGAGCCAAAAGGAUGGGUCGUUGUUAAUAAAUCUUGGAACCAAAAGGCUAC